AUGUCCGACCCAACUCUCUACCUGUACACGUCGUUGACCGCGGGGUCAUCGCACAUUGUCACCGCCACUGCUCGUAUCGAGACAAUUCUGAAAGCAAACAAGCUCCCCUUUCGUGCUAUUGAUGUUGCCACCGACGAUGCGGCUCGGAAACUCUGGGGCCGCCGCUCCAAGGGCAAGAAGCUCCCAGGCUUGGUGAAACACGGCGACAUUGUGGGAGACCUAGAACAGAUCGAAGAAUGGAACGAGUUCGGCGAGCUCCGGCUGGUAGUGCUUAGCGUUCAGGACCUGGGUGGAAUGCCAGCAACCAGCUACCCAACCCCCGCGACCGAGAAUAAGACCGAGCCCGUCCCCGCAACCCCCAAGCCCUCUACAAUUAAGAUACAAAGCCCGCCGGCCAAGACUGAAGAGAAGAAAGACGAGAAGGCGGUGCUUGCAUUGCGCCAGGCCAGCUCGGAAGCCGCAUCCAAGGCCGCCUCUAAAUCCGACGAGAAGAAGGAGGAACCUACUGAGAAGCCCGCGCCUCGUGGGCACCGCGGCUCCGUCGCCGCCGAGCUCCCAGACACUGCACCAGAUUCACCCAAGGCUGGCAAACGUCCUGUUCUCGUUCCUGAAAUGGCGGCCGUGUCGUCAGCCAACUUCCACGCGGCGAAUGCCGAGGAACUUGGACUGGUCGGGCACCAUCGCGGCUCUAUCAUCUCGACAACGGAUAAGGAUGAGCAGGAUAAGGUUGUGCGCGAGAUCCGGGCCUCUAUCACUGCCGAUGAGCCGACCGCCAACCUAGACGCUAUUCGCAAGCAGGCUGCUGAGCAAACAGGAUCCGAAACAAUUGAAGAGGUUGCGACACCGCUCUUUGAAGAUGUGAACGAUACCAAAAUGGCAGCCGCGGCUGAGCAAGUCAAGACCGAGGAACCCACGACUGAGGCCAAGGAGAAUGCGGAGGAUGAAUCCAAGGAGUGUAAGCCCGAAGAGACUAAGGAAUCUAAGCUUGAAGAGGCCAAGGAAUCUAAGCCUGAAGAGACCAAUGAGUCUCAGCCUGAAGAGGCCAAGGAAAAGGAAGAUGCAAGUGCUAAGGCCGAGUCUAAGGACUAA